AUGGCGACCAAGCGCUCUCACACCGAGGCAGAAUUUGACCACAUCCACCCUGAUCGUGUUCGUGGCGAUCUUGCCAACGCCAAGAAGCGCAAACCGAACCUUGCACCGACUGCAAAGUCCCACAAGCACAAGGCCAAAGAAGGCAGCAUAGAGUACGCGAAGAAGCGCAAACGCACAAUCGAGAGGCUGUUCCAAAGGGAUACCGAGCUGCCACAGGAUGUGAGGAACGAUAUGGAAAGAGAAUUGGCGGCGCACAAGGCUACGAUCGAGGACAAGACAUUCCACAGGAGGAGAAGUGCCAUGAUCUCGAAAUAUCACAUGGUUCGAUUCUUUGAGCGUAAGAAGGCCAUGCGACUAGCCAAGCAGAUCCGGAAGAAGAUUGCCCAGGCAGAAAACCAGGAUGACCUGGCCCAACUGCAAAAAGAACUACACGUCGCCGAGGUCGACGAGGCGUAUACACAGUAUCAUCCGCAUGCGGAGCCGUACACCGGCUUAUAUGGCAGGACCAAAAGCAGUGACGAUGAAGAGACGUUGGCGUUGGCGGACAAGGUGACCUUGGAUGCAGAACGGCCGCCCAUGUGGAAGACUGUCGAGGCCGCCAUGGCAGAAGGAACCAAUGCGCUGGUGAAACUCAGGGAGCGACGGUCAGCAGACGGAUCCGACGUCAAGCCAGGCUUCAAGCCAGGCAAGAAGCAGUCGAGCAGGACCGAUGCGCCAAAGCUUGCAGCACAGAAGCAGAAGCGCGAGGAGCAUGGGGCUAGAGCGCAGAAUGGCGCUGCGACGCCGAUGAACCGUCGCGAGAGGAGGAAACUCAUGCACCAGCAGAAGGCGACGGCGGGCCCUCAGAGUGACGACGAGGAUGGUGGGUUCUUUGAAUAG